AUGGCUAGUGCGAAGAAUAUAAUUGUUAAAGAGGCAAUUCGGUGUGGCAACGGUUCGGCGGAAUGGGUCGGUGAAUGGGAAUCUAGGAUAGAAGGGGUUCAUAGGGAGUGUGAGGAGGAGAUUAAAAGUAAAAUCAGUGGGAUAGUCUUGCGGGAUGAGGAGAAAGAUAGAUGGAGGUGGGGAAAAGGCGAGUAUUCGGUGAAGGAUGCAUAUCAUGAAAUUAUGAAAAGAAAGAAAUUCCAAACAGAAGCAAAUAUAAAUAUGGCAGCUGCGUGGAAUUCUCUCGUACCUCAAAAGAUUUCGGUCUUGGUUUGGAGAAUUUGGCAAAAUAGAAUUCAUAGUAGGGACAACUUGGUUAAGAGAGGCAUUUUAGUUGAUUCUCAAAAUUCAUGUCCCUUUGGCUGCGGUACUGAGGAAAAUGUCGCGCACAUUUUCUUCGAAUGCCCGUCGGCUGUGGCUACAUGGAGCGAGGUUUAUGCAGUGGUGGUAGAGUUGUUCGGGACAGGUUUGUCGUCAUCUGGUUCGCUGCUAUGUGGGCAAUUUGGAAAAUAA